CUCACUCUCUUCUCCCCCCAAGCUCCUAUUCUCAUUUCAUCUCUCCAUCGCGCUCUCUCUUUCUUUCAAUCUCGAUUUCUAUGGAGGCUUAUCGGUUUGCAGUUGUUCUGAUCGCGGUGUGGCUUCUUCUUCUUCUGUCUCUUGUUGCAGGACGAGCAGGGCCGUUGGACGGAUGGGAUCCAGUGAUCCGGAUGCCCAGCGAGGAUCCGGAAGUAAACGGCACCAGAUGGGCGGUUCUUGUUGCUGGUUCUUUUGGCUAUGGCAACUACAGGCAUCAGGCGGAUGUAUGCCAUGCUUAUCAAAUACUGAAGAGAGGAGGGCUGAAGGAUGAGAACAUAGUGGUGUUUAUGUAUGAUGAUAUUGCCAAUAACGAACUCAAUCCCCGGCCCGGCGUCAUAAUUAACCAUCCACAAGGUCAAGAUGUGUAUGCUGGUGUGCCCAAGGAUUAUACUGGUGAGCAAGUCACAGUGGAAAACUUUUAUGCAGCCCUUUUGGGAAAUAAAAGCGCAGUGAAAGGUGGAAGCGGGAAGGUUGUGGAUAGCAAGCCCAAUGAUAGGAUAUUUCUGUACUAUUCUGAUCAUGGAGGCCCCGGUGUGCUUGGGAUGCCAAAUAUGCCUUUCCUUUUUGCCAAUGAUUUCAUUGAGGUUUUGAAAAAGAAACAUGCAUCCGGAAGCUACAAAGAGAUGGUUUUAUAUAUAGAAGCAUGUGAGAGUGGAAGCAUUUUUGAAGGUCUGAUGCCCGAAGAUCUAGACAUUUAUGUCACCACAGCAUCAAAUGCAGUAGAGAGUAGCUGGGGAACGUACUGUCCAGGGGUGGACCCAACUCCACCUCCAGAGUACAUGACAUGUUUAGGGGAUCUAUAUAGUGUUUCUUGGAUGGAAGAUAGUGAGAGCCACAAUCUAAAGAAAGAAACAAUAGAGCAACAAUACAACAUGGUAAAGGAGAGAACUUCAAACUACAAUACAUAUACUAUUGGAUCCCACGUGAUGGAAUAUGGAACCAAAAACAUAAAAGGCGAAACCCUUGAUCUGUAUCAGGGUUUUGAUCCUGCAACCGAGAACUUCCCACCUAACAAAUUGCACCUUAAGAAGCACAUGAAUGUUGUUAAUCAGAGGGAUGCAGAUCUUCUUUUCCUGUGGCAUAAGUACAAAACUUCCAAAGAAGGAUCAGAAGAGAAUAUGAAAAUUCUGAGGCAGAUAACACGAACGAUGACGCACCGGGUUCACUUGGAUGGCAGCAUGGAAAUGAUUGGAGUGCUUUUAUUUGGACCAGAGAAGGGCUCUUCCAUCCUUGGCUCCUUGAGAGAACCUGGUUUGGCUAUUGUUGAUGACUGGACUUGCCUUAAAUCCAUGGUACGAGUGUUUGAGAUGCAUUGUGGAUCCUUAACUCAAUAUGGCAUGAAACAUAUGCGAGCAUUUGCAAACAUUUGCAACAACGGGGUGUCCAAGGCCGCCGUGGAGGAAGCUUGUAAGGUAGCUUGUGGGAAGCACAAGGACUCAGCCCAGUGGCAUCCUUCCCACAGAGGAGGGUAUAGCGCUUGAAUAUUAUGUUACAUGAUCGUGUUGUUGUCUAGGCAUUUUGGUUGUACCAUCACAUCAAACUGCUGCUUUUGC